AUGCCGCUGCGCCGUUGGGGAAGUUCAGGCUACCGCGGCGUUCGCGCGCGCCCCUCCGGCUCCUUCUACACCGAGAUCCGCUCCGGGGAGAUGGGUCUCGUCCUCGGCACAUUCGACACCGCCCAUGAGGCCGCCCGCAUGUACGGCGCGGCGGCGUGGCGCCUCCGGCGGCCUCGUAGGGAGAUGAACUUCCCCAACGUGGCGACGAGGGAGCAGGCGCAGGAGCUCGCGCCUCCCCCACGGCUUGUCAUGGAUGAGUACCGUCACGACAACCGGAGGCGGGAGCACCGCCUCGGCAUCGCUGAGAUGGACGAGGAGGCCAUGGCGGUGUGGCGCCAACGCUUCCCGAAGGACGUCAUCAACGAGCUUGAAUUCUACACGCAAAGGAAGGCGGAGAGGAGGGCGGAGCGAGCCGCCUAUCGCGAGGACAUGCGUACGUGGACGGCGGCCGCGCCCUUCAACAUCGAGCUCAAAGAAGCAUCGACCUGGCACUCCAACGAUGAACGGUGGAUUGAUGCCUUCAUUACGACGUCGGAGUCGGAGGAGGACACCACCGAGUCGGAGUCGUUGUCGGAGGAGGACGACGUGUAG